CUCCAUCUCCAGAGUAACGGAGCGUCCACCGGCUUUUACUUCCAGCCGAGCGGCCGUGCGAUCUCUCCCGAGCUUUCACCGCCGUUCGUCCCAGGCCCCGCCCCUUUUACGCCGGCAGCAGCGAAACGCGGGAGACCUGAUUCUAGCUACCAAGUCGUCUGAGCGGCUCGGGGCGGCGCAGUGCGCAGGCGCGAGCGUUUGGGUCUCGCCGCGCGCGGCGCUCGGUUGAAGCGGGGCUGAGUUCCUGGGCGCGGAAACCUGGCAGCGGGCGACCGAGAGAGUGGGUGACUGAGCGCCUUCCCUGCCGUUAUGGCAGCCCUGCGCUACGCUGGCUUGGACGAUACGGACAGCGAGGACGAGCUGCCCCCGGGCUGGGAGCAGAGAACCACCAAGGACGGCUGGGUUUACUAUGCCAAUCACGCUGAGGAGAAGACCCAGUGGGAACAUCCGAAAACCGGAAAAAGAAAACGAAUAGCAGGAGAUUUGCCGUAUGGAUGGGAACAAGAAACCGAUGAGAAUGGACAAGUUUUUUUUGUCGAUAGAGUGGGCUGCCACAAAGCAUACCAGUAUUUAGAGAGUGGUGGCUCCAAGACUAAAAACUUUUUCUGCAUGGCUGUGUUGUAUAGUGAGGCGGCCAUGGCUUCUAAAUUCUGCAUCCGGCUUGGGAAGCACAUAGGCGUCGAAGACACUCGCUUCGGAAAUGUCCUUGACGGCGGCGGCCUCUAUAAUGUUCCGAAUAACGAACUUCUUAAUGGCCUUAUCCUUGGGCACACAACGGGCGCAGUUGGUGCAGCGAAUAGGCUGCACGUGGCCGCGGCCCUUUUUGGCACGACCAUUAUUCCUUCUUUUCUUGGUCAUCUUGGGUUUGAAACUGCCAAGUCUUUUGCCCUCCAUGGUGCACACGUGAUCCUUGCCUGUAGGAAUGUGACAAGGGCCAAUGAAGCUGUGUCACAGAUUUUAGGAGAAUGGCACAAAGCCAAGGUAGAAGCAAUGACCCUGGACCUCGCUCUGCUCCGUAGUGUGCAACAUUUUGCUCAAGCGUUCAAGGCCAAGAAUCUAUUCACAGAUAUUAAUGAUUCCUUGGGAAAACUGGACUUCAGCCGCCUUUCUCCAUCUAAAAAUGACUAUUGGGCCAUGCUGGCUUACAACCGGUCCAAGCUCUGCAACAUUCUCUUCUCCAAUGAGCUCCAUCGCCGCCUGUCCCCGCGUGGGGUCACGUCCAAUGCCGUGCAUCCUGGAAACAUGAUGUACUCCUCCAUUCAUCGCAACUGGUGGGUGUAUACACUGCUGUUUACCUUGGCCCGGCCUUUCACCAAGUCCAUGGUCAAAAACAUCGAUUUGUGA